CUAUAGUAUUUAACGAUACUCGAUACCGUCUCACGUAAAUUUUUAGUAUGGAAAAUUUUACAGCGCCUCUAGCGGUCACUUGUGGAACUAAAAUCGCUACCAUGAGUUUACAAUAAAUACGUAUCGAAUAAAAACUCGCUAGCGACUAAUGUUUUAAGCAGUUUCUCAUGUGAAUCGGUACCAUGAGUAAACAAUUUGACAGGUGGUAUCGUAAAAUACUGUUACUACAAUAGUAAAAUAACUCACUAGCCUUUUGUAGGGUGAAAGUGUUUAGUGUUGUGAAGAGUUUCAUACAAAAGAAUAAUAUUUAGUAAUUUGCGCUUAAUACGUUAUAUAAAUAUGUCCGGUAAAGCAUAUUUAGCGUGGAAUAUGUUAGCUUUGGCUUCACGAGAAGACGAACGACGUGAACAAGGACGAUUUCAAGCUAGUGUACGAAAGUGUCUUGGACAUCCACUUGAAAAUUUGAGUGAUAAUAAUUUUAUUAAAGAAUAUAGGCUAAGCAAAGAGGCUUUCGAGUAUUUGUGUGGACUCCUAAGAGCUCACACAGAUUUGAAAUCAUCACAAAGAGUAUCCCUUGACACAAAGGUUUUAUGUGCAUUAUUAUUUUAUGCACAUGGCAGCUAUCAGCGAAUUACUGGCAAAGCUCAUCAUUUUUCCCAGGAGGCAAUGAGUGUCUUUAUUCAUCAAGUAACACAAGCUUUAAACCAUCCAAUAAUUUUAAAAAAAUUCAUAAAAUUUCCAACGAGAAGAGAAGAAAGGGAUACCAUUAAACAAAGUUUCUUCAAUAAAUAUGGCUUCCCAGGAGUAAUAGGGUGUAUUGACGGAAGUCACUUUAAAAUAUUUACACCCAACAAAGAAGAGGAGCACUUAUAUUUCUGUAGGAAACAUUAUCAUUCUCUUAAUGUGCAAAUGAUAUGUGACCACAAUUGUAACAUCCUCUCUGUAAAUGCAAAGUUUGGAGGUGCAACACACGAUGCAUUUAUAUGGGAGAAUAGCAAUAUCAAUGAUUACAUACAAUCAUUGCACAGGCAGAAUGAGAUUGUGUGGCUGCUUGGCGAUUCCGGUUACCCUCAACGGCCAUGGUUGAUGACACCCUAUUUAGACCCGCCUCCAAAUUCGAUGAAGGAAGUCUACAAUGUAGCUCACAUAUCCACAAGAGUUGUCAUUGAGAAUACUUUUGGGCGUUUGAAAAACCGAUGGCGCUGUCUACAUAGGGAUAGGACUUUAUACUAUCAACCAGAAAAAUGUGCACAAAUUAUUUUAGCAUGUUGUGUGUUACACAACAUUGCACUGAAAUACAAUAUUCCGGAUCCUGAGGAUAAUAUUGGUGUAGGAACACAAGAACCAUUUGAACAAGAUGAGCUGGUGUUUGUAAAUGAAUCAACCAGUAAUGUAUUACUCAGGGGGCGCACAAUACGGGAUCAAGUGGCAAGAAGACUUUCCCAAAGACGAUAAAAUCAAAAGACUAAAAUUCUUUCAUCAUGUUAUCCUAUAAUAAUUGACCACCUGUUAGUUACAUUUUAAUUCAAUGUGGCUUUUAUACUCAUAAUAUACUUAAAUAUGGUUAUAAUAU